AUGGAGAACACCCACGAUUCGGUGCCUCCGCCUUAUGUGGCGCGGCCACCACCAGCGCAAGCUUCGUCAUCGUCGAGCUCACGAUACCGAACACUACCACAACCAGUUACCUACAUAGUCUGGAUGAGUGGCAAAGCUUUCCGCUCGUUUACCUCUCAUGAGCUGCCGGCAAUUCUCGAGUCCACGCACAAGGCUUUCGAUCCCAGCAUACCCACUUCAUCCAUCCGCAUCAUCACACACUUCUUGCACAACAACGAUGGAGCCUGGCUCCAUGUCGGUGGCUCGGGUGAUGCCACUAUGAAGGUUCGGUAUGUGCGAAUCGUCGCCGAGGUACCAAUGGUUGGCAACAUUCGCCUGUCACUGGAGCGGAAGCAAGAACUCAUGGCAAGAAUCGUGACAGCGGUGGAGCGGUAUGAAGGAAAGAAAGCGAAGGAGACAGAGAUUGACGUUGUUGUCAGAGAGAUCAGCUCAGAGGAUGAACACUGGGUGCGGAGGCAAGUCUUAUCGUGA